GAAGAAGAAGAAAACGUGUAUAUAAGUCACCAGAGGGGGCGGUAAACGCCAGCUGACUCUUUGACUACCCAGGAAGAAGACGCAUCACUCACACCGUGUAGCAGCAGUGAAGCAACAUGGAUUUGAAUGGAGAUGAAGACUUUGAGUGGAAUCCCCCAACAGAUGCAGAGAUGAAGGUGAUCCAGGCUCAGAGGGAGAGACAGGACAAGAUCAGCAAACUGAUGGGAGAUUACCUCCUGAAAGGGUACAGGAUGCUGGGGGACUCCUGCGAAGUGUGCGAUACUAUUCUUCUUCAGGACAGACAACAGACAAACUACUGUGUCUCAUGUCAGGAGCUGGACUCUGAUAUUGAUAAGGACAACCCUGCCUUAAAUCCACAAGCUGCAUUGUCCCAGGUGAGAGAACGGCAGCUUGCAGCCCAGUCCCAGGCAGUGACCCAGGUCUGCGCAGGGCAAAGCAGCAGCAGCCAGGCGAGCGUGCCCGUUACUCAGCCCAGACCGGAGCACUGCGAGGGGGCCGCCUCUGGAGGAAGAUCCUUUUUGCCUCCACCUGUCGUCAUUUCUGCAUUGUCUCCUGCCUCCACCACAAGCCUGGUGCCCAUUCGUUCCCUGGUUUGUCCACCAAGUUCCACCCUCCAGCGUGACUUGGAAGAAGCCAAAGAAGUGGUCCUAACUAAACUUCGUGGGGCCACCGUCCAGUUACAGAGUUCAGCCUCACUGGAGACCAGCAUCCAGCUGUGCAGCCUGAUCAGCAGCUGUGCCAACUCGCUGCGGAGCCUUAGAGAACUCAGCCAGUAAGCAGAGUGGACUGGUUGAAAAGCAUGGAGUGAUACGACCGCUGUUUCUACUCUGCUUCAGAGUACUGACUGUUGCCUUGCUUCUCUCUACGUCUGAAUACUUGCUUACAGCUGAAUCACAAGUUGUUGUAUAAAUUCACUUGAAUUAGGAAUUAAAAUAUUAUGAAGUGCA